AUGAUAGCGAACUGCAUUAAGGAGGCCGCAAGAGAGGUGUUAGGGGUCUCGAACAGUUAUUUUAGUGGUUACAAAGGGGACCGACGGUGGAAUGAAGAGGUCCGACGUAAAGUAAUUGCCAAGAAAGCGGCGUAUUUGAAGUUAGUGGAGAGCGCAGACGAGGAGGAGAAUAGGACGAACAGAGAGUUGUAUAAGAAGAACUUGGGGUCAAAGGAGGUGAAAGAGAGUGUACAAGUUAGCCAAGGUGAGAAAAAGGAAGAUCGUGAUCUGGACCAGGUGAAGCGCAUCAAAGACGAGGAAGUCAUAGAUCUUAUGGAAGAUGCACAUAUUAAACGGAGAUGGCAGAAAUACUUCCAACACUCUUGA